AUGUCUGAUUACGAAAUCACAAAUUUUGAGCUUCGCGUAUUGCUCCGUCAUUAUUGGAGAAACAAUUUUGAUGCAAAAGCAGCUGCCAAAGCAAUUUGCGACGUUGAAGGUGAAGGUACGGUGGCACCACGAACUGCACAGAAAUGGUUCAAGCGUUUCAAUGAAGGCGAUUUUGAUCUUGAAGACAAGCCACGUUCCGGACGACCAACGGUUUUGGACGAAGAGGACUUGCAAGCCGCUUUGGAUCUUGAGCCGUCAUCAAACACACGCGAAUUGGCUGAAGAACUUGGUGUCGAUCAGAAGACAGUUUGGAAUUAUCUCAAGCAACUUGACUUUGUCCAUAAAAAGCCACGACAAGAUCCACACGAGUUGACCGAAACGCAAGCCGCAAAACGAGUCGAAAUUUGCCGCCAAUUGCUCAACAAUCCGUUGGAUGACCAUUUUUGGAAGCGAAUUGUGACAUCAGACGAGAAGUGGGUCUACCUAGUCAAUCACGAUCGAAGCAAGCGUUGGGUCCCAAAAGGUCAAAAUCCUCCAUGCGUUCCAAAGCAAAAUCAAUUUGAAAGCAAGAUCAUGAUCUGCGUCUGGUGGAACUUCGAAGGAAUCUUACAUUUUGAACUUGUGCCGAAUGGUCGCGCCAUCAACGCUGAACUUUACUGCGAGCAACUUGAUCGAGUCUAUGAUGCGCUGGUUGAAAAGUACCCAAGUCUUGUUCGUCGAAAACGCGCUUUGUUUCAACAAGAUAAUGCAAAGCCACAUACCGCCAGAGCGACCAGCAACAAGUUUGAAGAAUUGGACGGUGUCGAAAUUCUGCCGCAUCCAUCCUAUAGUCCAGACGUUGCCCCAUCUGACUACGGUCUUUUCCGAUCAAUGCAGCACUUUAUGAAAGGUCGCCGAUUUGACUCAUUCGACGACGUUGAAGAAGCAUGUGAAGACUUUUUCAAUUCAAAGUCGAAGGAGUGGUACUUUGACCAAAUCCGAAAGCUUGCAGAUCGUUGGCAGAAGGUCGUGGACAAUGAUGGUCUUUAUUUUGAAGAAUAG